AUGAAUUUAACAGACUUUGCAUCAACGAUCAAGUACCCAUCGAAUUCAUACAAGCUUGAUGAGAUUACCGCAGUCUCAGCAACAUUGUUUUACAGCGAUCAUCGACUAGGGGAUAGUAAGAUUAGUAUCCCUGACACUGAAGGACGGGACUAUAAUCGUAUUCAGGGUCUUGUAAAAGAUCAUUUCAAACAGUAUUGUGCAUUCAAGAACUUUGAAUAUUCGCUUCCGCUGUUCAAAUCAUUCGAGCCAAUUGAUAUUCUCAAGUUUGGAGGAAUGCUUUGA